AUGGUUUCUCCAACUGAAUUCGUAGACCAUACAAAAAAAUCUACAUUAGAUAUACAUCUAAAAUCAGAUAAACAUAAAAAUAAUAUUACUAAAGCUGAAAACUUAAAAUUAACUCGUCAAACAACUCUUGAUACAAUUAGUACUAGUUUAAAUGAACAUGAACAAAUUAAUAUAGCAUUAGAGAAAGUUGAUAAGCUUAAAAACUUUUUUUUUGAAUAUUGUAAAAAUGGUAGUGCGAUUGUAAGCUCAGAUCAGCUUC